UCAUUUCCACAACUGUCACCCACAUGUAUGUCACUGUGUAUACGUUGUGUCCGUACGUCUGUCUUUGUGGAGCACCUUUUAAAGUGCUAUAAAUGAAGUUAAAACUGGAAACUGUUCCUAAAAUUUGACCACCUCCACCAGCCUUGUCUCUUUCCUUCCCUCCCCUCCUUUGCCCCACUCUUCCUCGCCCCUACCCAUCCUCCCAUACAGCACAGGGUCGUUGGCACCAGUAUAAAGCAUCACCCUCCUCCAACGACUCGUGUCUGACUCUCUGCCAACCUGUGUGAAGCUAGAAAGAGGAAUAGCAAGAGGGAGGGAAGAGGAAGUGAGAGAGAGAGAGAGGGAAGGAGAGAGAGAGAGAAUGGAUUUUUGGAAGGAAAUAAACAGAGCAGCCUGGAAAUCGACCUUCCGUUACCAGUUCUGGCAUCCAGGGAUAGUACCUCUCCCGUCUGUCUGCAUGAGGGGGCAGCAGCGCUUGGACUCCAGUGUAACGGACAAGCAUGCAGCCAAUGGGAAUCCUACUGUGGAGCCUUUUCCAGAAGGCAUGGAGACCAUCAUGUUUGGUAUGGGAUGUUUCUGGGGAGCUGAGAGACUUUUCUGGCGGCUUCCGGGGGUCUUUUCCACACAGGUGGGCUACGCCGGCGGACUCACACCAAACCCCACUUAUCACGAGGUCUGCACAGGUCUGACGGGUCACACUGAGGUGGUGAGGGUGGUCUUCUCCCCUAAAGACAUCAGCCUGAAGGAGCUGCUCAAACACUUCUGGGAGAACCACGAUCCUACACAAGGUAUGAGGCAGCACAAUGACCUUGGUACUCAGUAUCGUUCAGCCAUUUACACAUCCAACCCCACUCAACAGGAGCUUGCAUUGAAGAGCAAAGUGGCCUUCCAGCAGGAGCUAGAUAAAAAAGGCUACAGAGCCAUCAGUACAGAGAUCCUGGAGGGGCAGCAGUUCUACUACGCUGAGGACUAUCACCAGCAGUACCUGAAGAAGGUACCCAAAGGCUAUUGUGGCCUCAAAGGCACCGGCGUCUCUUGUCCCAUUGAAGCCAGGAAGGAUGAACUGUGAUGGACGUGUGGUGAGAAUGAGGAUUUAUGAAGGCAAUUAUGCCAAUUUUAUGCCUUUGUACCUUUUUUAUGCCUAAAAUUGUGAUACAUCAGUUAUUUUUAAUGUAACAUGUUAAUCAGUGGUGCAAAGGCAGGUUUAUUCAAGUACUGUACUUCAGUGCAGUUUUGAUGUAUUUGUACCAUACUUGAGUAUUUUCUUUUUCUGUGACUUAAUACUUCUACUGCACUAUGUAAUAUAAUAAUAGGGGCAAAUAUUGUACUUUUUGCAGCACUACAAUUAUCUCACAGCUUUAGUUAUUAAAUACUUUUUGGAUUUAGUGUAACAAUACAAAAUAUAAUCAAACAAAUGUAAAUAAAUAAAUAAUGAUAAUAAAUAAAUGAUGAUAUAGUAGCUUAAGGUAAAACUUUGUUGAGCUUCUGGUAAAAUUCAGGUUAAAUUACAUUGAGUAUUAAACCACCUUUGCCAGCUUAAAAUGAUGAAUGCAUUAAUGCAUCAAUAAUAAUAAUAAUCAUAAUAGUAAUAAUAAUAAUAAUAAUCCAAUCUAAAACUAACAUUAUUCUGAAAUAUUCCAUUCGGCCUAUUUAGUACUUCUACUUUUGUUACUUUAAGUGUAUUUGUUUCUUUCCACCUCUGUUAAUCAGAUUUCAUGUACAUUACAAAGCCUCAGGGGAUUCAGUGAAUGCAUGAAUGAAUUCAAAAUGCUUUCUUGAAGACAUAUAUAUAACGAUAUGAGGGAACACUGAGUAAGAAAUUGGAAGCUAUAGCAUGGCUGUGGCAGUGUCACUUUGAGCUGCAGUGACAGUCAGCUUCCAUAGGGUGGCAGUAUUUCUCAAAACAACAACACGGUGGAGCUGCUGCAGUUUGUGGCAUGCCAUUUAACGUCACAUACUGUAUUGUAGCUGAGGAAUCAUGUGAAAAACUUUGUCUUCCAGAGCUGGUGGACUGGAAGACAAUCAAACAACUUGGUUUUACAGUCCAGCAACAUUUUCGAAUACACAUUAAACCCAGGACAAAAUUACUCAGACUUAACUGAGAGUAAGAAUCCCUCAGAUUCCUUAAAUGCAAAUUUUAAUACGGAUAGGAAUUUCAGUAAUUUCAGUCUGAUCUAAUUUAAUUAUUUUCACUAACUGGGAAUAAAUGAUGUGAAUGAACUGCUUUUGUUUUCUUAAUGUCUCACUAUGGAAAUAAUAAAACUUAUCUCCACCCUC